AAGCCUUUUUUUUGUCGUUCUUGUGUCAUCUCAAGCUGAAGCUCCAUCCAGAGGCGAACCUGAAGAACCGACUUCGCCGCAAUCACCGUCCAGCGGCUUAUCCUCAAUGCCGUCAUUCGGAACUUCUCCAUCUAGCGCAGAGACUUUCGAUUCGUACGGCCACAAUCUACCGCAUCACAUGCGCAUGACACAACAGUCCUCUCCUCAGUCUCGCAAUCGAUCUGUGACCGUACCGAUGCCUCCGCCACUACCCUCUCCCGGCGCCGGACCUGCGCACCAUCACUUGCUGUUGCAUGGACCGCCUGGCCAGUCUGCUCAAUCCUAUUAUGACCAGGGCAAUGCUGGCAAACUUCAUGGUGGAGGAAUCAACCGUCAGAAUUCGAGUUCAAGUUUGGCUUCUUCUGGCGGAGCCAUGCGACCCAGCAGCUCAUCACAGCGAUUCGACCCUUACGCCCCGGCAUCUACGUCACCUCGCGCCGCCACAUCAGGAAGCAUGCACUCCAGGCGGCCGUCUCAGCCGAUGAUCAUUCCACCUGGUAGCAGUGCUGGUCAUUCUGGGUCAGACUAUUUCCCAUCGCCGACAUAUGAUGUCAAGCCAUCGCUUUCCCCCGACCUGUCUCACGCUCAUGAUCUAGGGCAGCAUACAUCUUACUCUUAUCAUCCUCCUGCAACUGCCCCGGGAUCGUUUGCCGAUUUUGGUGCAUUUGGAUCAUCAGCCCAUCAGCCCGUUCAAUCACCUGGAGGCGCUUUCGGACCGAGCUACGCAGCUUGGCAUCACCCUUCGCCAUCUACAGCUGGCAGACUAAAUCAACCUCCGCCUGGAAGAGAAUUCGGUCAAUUACAUCAUUCUCCAUCUCAUUCUCACGUCUCGUCACAUCACUCUCAUUCUCAAUCUGCAAGCGGGAGUCAAUCUCUCGGGGUGUUGAUGGAGGCGCCAAGUGCCUCGUCAAGCAACGACGGAUGGGGGACUCCAACACAUACUCAUAAUCAGUUACCAGAGAACCCCAGUGGAGUCAACAGUUUCUCCCAGCAGGUCCCCCAGGGGUGGAAUGGGCAGUACAUGGGGGGCGAUAAUGAUUGGCGAGGACAGAGCACGAGUGUGGGAUAGAGAUACCGAGCUCUCUCUGCUCGGUAUCGGUCUCGUGAUGGACAUUCUGUCGACGUCUUGUCAUUCUCUCACGGUCUUGUGUGGCUUCGACUCCUUCUCAAGUUGUAUCAAUUCUACUUGUAUAUUAUCAUUUUGGCCCGGCUGAAUGCUUGGACGACGGAGCAGUUUACGAGGAUCCAUCGAGGGAGAAAUACUUGAUUUAAUGUGUGAUAAAUAAAUGGGGACGAAGUAGGAGAAGGAUGACAAGAUGCAAUGAGAAGAUUAAUCGAAUCCUCUUGCUUC